UGGUAUGCUCUGUGAGGGAUACUGGGACGCCCAGGGCCUUCAUCACUCAGGGUUCUACUGCCCACGACUUUCUGACCCGCCAGAGCAAUCUUACUGCUGUCAGUGGGGAGAACACUCCCUCAAGGACUGCUGCAACCAAUCACAAUUCCAGAGAACCAUGAACGUCAGCCAAUCAGGGCGCAGCACCUCAAAGAUGGUUCACAGCCGCCCGCUCUCUCUUGUAGCUGUUCUGCUUUAUGGAGCUCUAGUCGUGUUUCUGAUGGUUGUGGAUUUUCUGUGGUUCUGUCGCGAGCGAGGUCUCACUGUCACGGCAGCUCUGAGAAACUACUUCACCUGCCUCAACUGGGCCACCAGCCUCAGUGCUCCUAAUGGCAACCAGCCCCAGCGUUGUCAUGGCAACAGGAACCCAUCUCCUCCACAUAGGCACAGGAACCCGCAGAGUCUUCCUUGUCUCCAAGGCAACAGGAUCUGCCAGGCUUCUGACACAGGCUUCAGCAGCAACCAGAAUACAGAGCUUUCUCACCUGGACCCUGAAGUGAGCAGCAAAAGGACAGAGGAUGAUGUGAGGUGGCCAGAGGAGUGAUUACCACCCCUUGCUGCAUUCUAUGUACAGUAUAUAUAAAUGCAGGUACACCGGUAAAAGAAGACGUAUUUUGUGAAAACAAACAUAUAUAUAUAUAUUUCACUUGUAUUUUCAUUUUUACCAGACAAAUUAAAACAGGAGACGAGGUUUAAUCCUGCUUCUUUUUAUAUACAUUAUAUACUUCAGAAUUACAUGCAUUCAAGUGU